CUUUUCAGUUCCGAAGGAGACAGAAUGUGACACUAUACGCAGCAUACAGUCGGUCACUGCGGUUUAAACUUUGCUGCUGUUCCACAAGCAGGGGCUUAAUGGUCCGCUUAUGGUUUCAGUCAAGUUUUGGAACAUUUCUGAAGCCUAGCAAGCGUGUUUUAAAUUCUCCUUAAAUUUAAGCAAUGGAGGAGUCGCUCUGUGAAGAUUUGGCAGCCUUGUCGGACUUAGAUGAGAAGAGUUUGUUGGAGUCCCUGACUCGACGUUUUAAUCAAGAUCGCAUCUAUACCUACAUUGGGGACAUCUUGGUGGCCAUCAAUCCCUUUAAAUACCUCCCUCUUUAUGAGAAAAAAGUGUCAGAGAGCUACAAGUGCCAUGAGAAAAGUUCACUACCACCUCACAUAUUCGCUGUGGCAGACAGAGCCUACCAGUCCAUGCUUGGACGUCUGGCCACAGAACCACAGAACCAGUGUAUUGUUAUCAGUGGAGAGAGUGGAGCUGGAAAGACUGAGAGCACCAAGCUACUGCUCCGACAGAUCAUGGAGUUAUGUAAGGCCAACUCCCAACUGGAACAACAGAUACUACAGGUGAAUCCUCUUCUAGAAGCUUUUGGCAAUGCCCAGACGGUCAUGAAUGACAACAGCAGUCGUUUUGGAAAAUACAUUCAGCUGCGCUUCUACAACUCUUCAGUAAAAGGUGCCAAGAUCAACGAGUAUCUGUUGGAGAAGUCUCGUGUGGUCCACCAGGAUGAAGGAGAGAAGAACUUCCAUAUCUUCUACUUCAUGCUUGCAGGCAUCUCACCAGAUGACAAGGAGAUGUACGGACUUCUGGAUCCUACACAGUACAGGUAUCUGGACGGCCGCUUCGGUUCUGAAGCUAUGGGGAGCAGGUGGAACAAGAAGUAUCGCGAGGUUUGCAACGCCAUGGAUAUGGUGGGCUUCGAGGAACAGGAGAAGGUGGACAUGAUGACCAUUCUGGCAGGAAUCCUGUCUCUAGGCAACAUUAUGUUUGAACCCACCGACACAGACGGUGUCAAGGUCACAGACAAGUCCAGGGGCUGGCUCAAAGCUACUGCUGGUCAGUUUGGGGUUCAGGAGGAGGAGCUGCUGAGGAGUUUGACCUGUACCCUGACCAUGACUCGAGGUGAGGUCAUCCGAAGACUUCAUAACCAGCAGCAAGCUGAAGAUGCUAGGGAUUCUAUAGCUAAAGUGGCCUAUGGGAGAGUGUUUGGUUGGAUAGUCAGCAAGAUCAACGAACUUCUGGCUCCAAAUGUUGAUCUUGAGAUGCAUGAAAUAGGUAUUCUUGACAUUUUUGGAUUUGAAAAUUUUGCUGUAAACCGUUUUGAGCAGCUUUGCAUCAAUCUGGCAAAUGAACAGUUGCAGUUCUUCUUUAACCAUCAUAUCUUCCUGAUGGAACAGAAUGAAUACAAAGAAGAAGGGAUUCAAUGGGAGAACAUCGCCUUUAAAGACAACAAACCUAUACUGGACCUCUUCCUCACAAAGCCCAUCGGCAUACUGUCUCUCCUGGACGAGCAGAGUGCCUUCCCUCAGGCCUCAGAUAAAAACUUUGUGGAGAAGCUGAACAGCAAGUUCAAAAGCAGUCCCCACUACGAACUGGUGCGCAGUCACAGCCCACUGUUCACCGUGGUGCACUAUGCCGGGAAGGUCCAGUAUAACGGCAUGGGUUUCCUGGAGAAGAACCGAGACACUAUUCCAGCCAGUAUCCGAGGCCUCUUUAUCAACAGUGUUACUCCUCUCCUCAGUGUGCUCUUUGCAGCCACCAUAUCCAGAACAGGGACUCUGAUGCCACGCAAAGCAAAGCUGCUACAGAAAGAGGAUGACAACUUCAAUUCUACCAGGAAACAUUCUGUAGGGGCUCAGUUUAAGCAUUCCUUGGCUGUGCUGAUGGAGAAAAUGUUUGCCGCCAAUCCUCACUUUGUUCGCUGUAUCAAACCCAAUGGCAGUAAGCUGCCAGAUGAGGUGGACAGCAAGCUAGUCAUGGACCAGUUGAGAUAUAAUGGCUUAAUGGAGACCAUCAGGAUACGAAGAGAUGGAUUCUGUUGGCGGCCCACCUUCCAAGAAUUUGCAAAGAGGUACAACAUCCUGCUAGUAAAACCUGAUUUACCGCUUACCAAAGAAAGCUGCAUGUCCAUUCUUAAUACUACUGAGAUCCAUGGCUGGAAGUGUGGUUCGUCUCGUCUGUUCUUUAAGCACUGGCACCAGGACGACUUGGCCAGGCUGCUGGAGAGACUGGGCAGAGCAGCCCUCAUCAUCCAGAAAAACUACCGCACUUUUUGCUGCAGGAGGAUUUACCUGGCUCUGCUGGUGGAAUUGCGCAAACAGAGACAGGCCCAAAGAGAGGGGGAGGAAAGGGAAGCAAGGGAGGAGGAGGAGAGGAGGAGUACAAUAUUGCUGGAGGAGGAGAUAAAGAAGCGUCUGGAAAUGGAGCAAGAGAACAAGAGACCAGCCUCCCCACCUGUCCCCCUGCCCAGGAGCAAAAAGCCCCAGCCAAAGCCUCGCUCCAUCCUCGUUGGGAUCGGGGGACCCAAGGUUGCACCUGUCCCUCGACCCCGCAGUAAAAUGUUAGAGGCCACUCCCUUCGACAAUGCUUUGGACCCGUUAAACACCCACAUGGCUGAGCUGGUGGGAGAGGCAGGGAGCAUAGAGGAGCGGGCCAGGGAGAGGAGCACAAAGAGGAGGAACACCAUUCGCUGGUUUAAGGAGACGCAGGCACGUAAGGUGAUGCGCGACGGAGCCUUCCCCGGCUGGUUCCAUGGCAUGAUCACACGCAGACAAUCUGAGGACCUGUUGACAGACAAGCCUGUCGGCUGUUUCCUGAUCCGAGUGGGACAAAGCCGAAAGGGUUACACACUGUCAUACAGAGGGGAGAACCGCUGCAGACACUACAUGAUUGACAUGCAGUCCAAUGGGAAGUAUGUGAUCCUGGGUGAGGACCGUGCCCACCCUUCCCUGCCUGACCUGGUGGAAUACCACAACCACACUGGCAUCAAGCCCUUAAUGGAACUGCUCACCUGCCCCUGUGGACAGAUGUGUGACCAGGAGCCAGACUACGAGGAGCUGAAGGGCAUUCACCCCUUCUACCGGUCCCUCGAGCCUGGGGAGGAGUUGGAGGAAGAAUCCCGACCAGACCAGAUCCACCAGGAGUUUCAGCGUCUCUUUAUGCCCCCAAGUCAAAAUCCUAGUUCUGACAACCGACCUCCGGUCCUUCGGCGGAUCUCUGACCGCAGACAUAGGAUGGAAGCUCAGGGAGAGAGCUGGGAGGGCAGACUCCAGCAGGGGAGAGGUGUUGGGGGGGAUGAUGGUGAGGGUGAUAAUAAGAGGACAUUUCCCAGGCUGUACCCAUCUAUAAGGCUGGCUAUGCGGGAGAUUCAGCAUGUGCAACAGCACUUCUCAGGCGGUCUGGAUCAGUCCUCUAUCCCUCACAUUACACCUUCUUGGAAGAGGCCUGAUUCCUAAUCCACAGGAAGUAUUUUAACUCAUGGCUGCUGUUCAUUGAUUUAAAAACAGAAUAACCUGGACAAUUUUCUGUAAUGUCUUAACACUUCUGAACAAAUUUUAUGGAAAAACCUCCUUACAAAUGAUAGUAUUUUAAUUUCAGUUUUACUGGCUGUUGUUUUAAAUUUAAGGGUCAUUUGUGUUUUAGCUGUUUAUUUCUCUAUUUAAUUGUAAAUUAAGUUAUUACAUGUACUGAAUAAACAUGUUUUCAA